AAUACUCUCAGUCGCCAUUUUGUUUUAUUUUACAUUAAUACUAAUGCGUCAGGUUGUUUGAUUAUAAAUCGCGUUUUUGAGUCGGACCGUUCCCCGGCUUCCGUAGCACUGCUCUGGCUCGUAGCUUCAGGUUCUGCGCAGAAACGCGUCGUUUAAACCGCAACAGACGAGAGUUCACGCGUCAGAAAUGAGCCGAAGUUACAACGAUGAGCUGCAGUUUCUGGACAAGCUGUCCACGAACUGCUGGAGGAUCAAGAAAGGCUUCGUGCCCAACAUGCAGGUGGAAGGAAUCUUCUACGUCAACGAUCCUCUGGAGAAGCUGAUGUUUGAGGAGCUUCGUAACGCCUGUCGAGGAGGAGGCUUCGGCGGCUUCCUUCCUGCCAUGAAGCAGAUUGGGAACGUGGCGGCGCUGCCCGGGAUCAUACACAGGUCCAUCGGGCUCCCGGACGUCCACUCCGGGUACGGGUUUGCGAUCGGGAACAUGGCGGCCUUCGACAUGAGCAACCCUGAGUCUGUGGUGUCUCCAGGUGGCGUCGGAUUCGACAUAAACUGCGGCGUCCGUCUCCUGAGGACGAAUCUGGACGAGCGCGACGUGCAGCCCCUGAAGGAGCAGCUCGCUCAGAGUCUGUUCAACCACAUCCCGGUCGGAGUCGGGUCCAAGGGCGUCAUCCCCAUGAGCGCCAAGGACCUGGAGGAGGCCCUGGAGAUGGGAGUCGACUGGUCCCUGAGGGAGGGCUACGCCUGGGCCGAGGACAAGGAGCACUGUGAGGAGUACGGCCGGAUGCUGCAGGCCGACCCCAACAAGGUGUCGUCCAAGGCCAAGAAGAGAGGCCUCCCCCAGCUGGGAACUCUGGGAGCAGGAAACCACUACUGUGAGAUCCAGGUGGUGGACGAGAUCUACGACGACUAUGCCGCCAAGAAGAUGGGCAUCGACCACAAAGGUCAGGUGUGUGUGAUGAUCCACAGCGGCAGCAGAGGCCUCGGACACCAGGUGGCCACAGAUGCUCUGGUUGCCAUGGAGAAGGCGAUGAAGAGGGAUAAGAUCGUGGUGAAUGACCGACAGCUGGCGUGCGCUCGCAUCACGUCACAGGAAGGGCAGGACUACCUGAAGGGCAUGGCUGCUGCGGGAAACUAUGCCUGGGUCAACCGCUCGUCCAUGACCUUCCUCACCAGACAGGCGUUCGCUGAGGUCUUCACCACAACGCCAGAUGACCUGGACAUGCACGUCAUAUACGACGUCUCUCACAACAUCGCCAAGGUGGAGGAGCACAUGGUGGACGGGAGACAGAAGACGCUGCUUGUUCACCGCAAAGGAUCCACGCGAGCGUUUCCCCCGCACCACCCGCUCAUCCCCGUCGACUACCAGCUCACAGGUCAGCCGGUGCUGAUCGGAGGGACGAUGGGAACCUGCAGCUACGUCCUGACGGGGACUGAGAAGGGGAUGACGGAGACGUUCGGUACCACCUGUCACGGAGCGGGUCGCGCUCUCUCUCGGGCGAAGUCCCGCAGGAACCUGGACUUUCAGGACGUCCUGGACAAGCUUGCCGACAAGGGCAUCGCCAUCCGAGUGGCUUCACCCAAACUGGUCAUGGAGGAGGCUCCUGAGUCGUAUAAGAACGUGACGGACGUGGUGAACACGUGUCACGACGCUGGGAUCAGUAAGAAGGCCAUCAAGCUGCGGCCGAUCGCUGUGAUCAAAGGUUGAACCUCAGAGACAAUUCAACACUAAAAGACAUGAAAUGUACAGAAGAAGAUAAAAGCACUUUUUUUUUCUUUUGAGAAGAAAAUUAAUUUAAUUUGUGAAACAGAACGAAAAUAUUUUUCUGAUUUUUGCCAAAUCUGUGAUCCAAUAAAGACGAUCACUGAAAACUGGAACAUUUUCUGUUGCAGAACAAAGUACAAACAUGUUUCAGAUGAAUAAACACUUGAUUGGUUCAAAAGAAAAAUUCAGCAUUUCAGCAUCAACCAUCAAAUUAUUCAUUUAUUUCCUGACAUACGAGCAAACUUUCGCUCGUUCAUCUGGAAACAACAAAAAACUUCUAAAUUUAUCGAUAAACUUCAACUGAACAUGAUUGUUUCUGUGUUUAUAUAAACUAUGGUGACGUCCUGGUUUAGUGUGGCGACACCUGGUGGUGAAGUGAGGGAACGCUGUGUCAUCGCAGAAUGAAAACUAAAGGGACAGUACAAAAUGCGACAGUGAAGUUAAAUAAAGGUUCUAAUGUUUAAGAGAAGAAUUCUGUUAAGGGAACUUGUCCAGUAGCUUUUACUUCAGCUUUUCACAAUGAAACAUACGAUGUCACAACUUUACACUUUAACGUUAUUUCCUGAAACAUCCGAGCGUUUUCAAACGUGCUGUCUCUAGUGUGGUUUUAAUUUUAGGAAAAAAAGUAUAUUUUUAUCCCUAGAAGAUUUUUCUUAAAAGUAAAUUAUAUAAACUUAAAGAUUCUGUCAAACUCAGCAUCAAAUCAUCAACACUGUAGAUUCACUGAAUGAGCAUAAUUACUUUUUCAGUGUUAUAAAAUAAAAUGUCCCUUUUCUUUAGUCAAGAUUAGACAUGAACCGAAUCUUUGAUUAAACAAGAACAUAUGAACCAUUCAAAACUAUUAGUUCAAUUAUUUAGGUGAUAUUUUAUUUUCUCGUCAACGUUGCAACAUUCAACUUCUGGAAAACCACAUUUAAUUUAAAUCAAUUUUUUCUCUGAACUUUUCUGAAAACAUUUUUAACUAAAGCUGAAGGGAAAUAAAACAAACUAAACACGACAAAAUGUUGUUAAUGGUGGAUACGAUUGUGUGUGCAUUUUCUAUAACUGAGAUUGAUAAAAAAAAUCAGUUUCUGUCAGUCGUCGUUACAUUGAUUCUGAAUCUCAGCGUCUGGUUUCAUGCUGCUUCACAGUUUCUUUGCAAAAAAGCAUUUUUUGCAUAAUCAUUUGAAAGCUUCGAUAUAAAUUCACUUAACUGGUUCCGUGCACGAGCAGUUUCCUGUCUCUAGAGCAGCCGUGCAGGAGCGACGCCUACAAACGAGUUUGUUUCUAAAGAGCUUCUUACUGCCAAGAAAAGGAAAAGGAGUCAAUACUCUCUGAAUAAAAGUUUAUAUUUUUUACUAA